UCUUUCGUAAAUAUAUUAUUAAGAAUUUGAACAUAAAAAGCAACAAUAUAUUUAAAAAACAUGGAUGAAGAUAAUAUUGUGUACACUCGCACAAUUGUUCCCUCGACGAUGCGCAGUCCAUUUUGGAAAUAUUUUGGUUUCCCUUCGGAUAAUUCAAAUAAUAUUCUAACACGAAAAAAAAUAAUUUGCACACUCUGCAACGCAGCGAUUGCAUAUAAUAAAAAUACUUCAAAUCUGCGUACUCAUCUCAUUGCAAAGCAUCCCGAGAAAUUGCAACAGGAACUCCAGAUUCGCAUCAGAGCAAAAAAAACGGAUAUGCAACUAGAUAAAGAACAUCUUGAUGAAAAUGGGAGACAUUCAUUUUUGGGCAAUGACAGUGAAACGCAUGUGGUUGUAGCUUGCGAAGACGACAGUUCUAUUGAUGAAAGUGCCGGAGUUGACUAUAUUUUGGAAGAUGAGACAAUCUUGAAUAACCAACUUAGCACACCCAGUGUUGAAGCUAAUGAUAUUAUUUAUAUGGACACUAAUGAGAAAAAGUGUUUGCAAUUUUCUAACAUGGACAAUGUACAUUUGCACGAGUUUCAUGUUAGUGUUCUAAAUGAAAACGACAGUGUAAACACUGGCAAAAUGGAAAUUGUGGAACCUUUCAUACUGACUGAAGUCAAAUCAUUAGCUUCUAAAAAUGAUGAUACUAGUGGCCUGGACAGAAUUGUGAAUAUGUUAGUUACUGAUCUAUUACCCAUUGAUGUGAUUAGAGGGCAGGGUAUAAAGCAAUUAAUCGCUGAUAUAGAAGAUAUCGACAAUAAUUUGAUUAUGAACAGAUUGUGUGAAAGUUAUGACAAAAUGUUCGCAGUCAUUUCUAGUCACAUUCAAAAAAUAUCUCAAAAAACUACAUACUCACUUAGCUUCGAAUAUAUGGAAAAUGUGGAGAAACUAAAUAUAUUAAGUAUAUAUUUUAACUACUACAACAAGGAUUCCAGUGAACUAUCUAAUAUAUUAUAUUAUUGUGUUGAAGCUUCCAAUUUUGCCUCAAUUCAUUUAUUUAAUGAUUUAGAAUUAAAUAAUUGUGCAGCUAUUAUUACUAAUUCUUGGACAUCGGAUGUCACUAGUUUUGUGGCAAAAUAUGAUAUACCAGCUUUCAAAUGUCUUUAUGCGGAGUUAACGGAAUGUUUAACCAAGAUUUUUAAUAUAUCAAUCAUAUCAUCAGCCUUUAGUAAUUUAUAUAAAGUGAUACAAAAACAUUAUUUGAAAGAUGAUUUGAAGAAUAUUCCGGAACUCUUUUAUCCUUGUCCUUGGUCGAAGUUGAAUUUUUUGUUAUAUUUUUUUGAAGAGAUUGAUUUAUGCAAUGCACCUUAUGAGACUGAGUUACUGAAUGAAAUGAGUACUUUCGCAGAAUUUCUAAAACCACUUAAGUUAAUAUUAAAUGCUUUAGUUGAAGAGCCAUUUCCCUUUUGUACAAUGAUGCGUCCAUUUAUAAUGAAAUUAUUUAAAGAUCACUUUCUAACUUAUAAUAUAAAAAAUCAAUACCUAAUAGAAGCACAUAAUAUUCUUAGUACUGAUGUAUCUAAAAGAAUUUUAGACAAUAAAUUUUUAAGUGAAGCAAUGUUUCUUGAUGGGCGCUUCCAGCAGGAUUUUAUCAAUUCAGGAAUAAAUGAUAGAGGGGUUGUAAAAGAAAGGAUUUUCAAUCGUUUUAAGUCAUUUAUUGAAAGUACAAAUGACAAUGUACCUGAUACAUCCACAGUCGAUGUUGAGUGUAAUAAACGCAAAAGUGGUUUAAAAUCCUUUUUUCAUUCAACAUUUAAUGGUACUAAUUCAACCGGCAGCUUGAACAAUAGGUCCAUAAUGAGAAAAUCUAGUAUAGAAAUUGAAUUCGAUAAGUAUAGAUGUGAGCCGGUUUUAGACUUAGGCUGUUGUCCUUUAAAUUGGUGGCAAGAGAAUUGCUUAAGUUAUAAAAAGUUAAGCUAUAUUGCACAGUAUUAUUUAAGCGUACCAUGUUGUGCCAGUCGCAUAUAUCAUUAUGAUGAUAACGAACGUUGGCUGUGGCAGAAUAAACGAUAUAUGCUACGAAAUUAUAAUCGCGCCGAACAAUGUUUAUGGUAUUUAUAUUACAAUAAAGCAGAUUAUGAUAAAUUAAGUAAAUAAUGUUAAAGAAUUAAAUGUAUUUUAAAUGUUUUAUAAAUGUUAGUGUUAACGAAGAUUUUAUAAAUAUAUUAACAGUUUU